AUGGAAGAUGUUAUUGUUGACAAUCAUGUUGAGGUUGACAAUGAAGAAAGUGAAAGUGAUGAUUCAACUGAAGAAGUUGAAGCACCAAAUGAAUCACAAGGAGUUGAGAGUACUUCUUCAAAGAAAAGGAAAACAAGGACAUCAACUUCAGAUGUUUGGAAAAGCUUUACUAAAUUACCAAGAAAAACACCAAAUGAAGCCCUAUAUUGUGUGUGCAAUAAAUGUGGUCAAAAAUAUAAAGCAGGAAGUGAAAGCGGUACCGAUGGGUUGAAACAAAUCGAUGUUGUUGUGGAAAAAGUUAGAGAAUGUGUGAAGUAUGUCAAAGGAUCUUCAGCAAGAAAAACAAGGUUUUCUCAAUCCUUUUCGCAUCUUAGUUUGAGUGAUUCUAACUUUCAAGAUUGCCCGUACUCUAAUGAAUGGGAAAGAGUUGAGAAAUUAUGUAGCUUUAUGAAAGUGUUUUAUGAUACAACUCUUCAGUUUUCAGGAUCAGUUUAUCCUACUUCAAAUUUGUAUUUCCCUCAAAUAUUUGGAAUACAUUUGAAGUUGGUUGAAGAGAAGAAAAGUCCCGAUGAGUAUAUAACAAAAAUAGCUACCCAAAUGUGGAAUAAGUUCAACAAAUAUUGGGCUGAUUUUAAUGUUCUGUUAGCUAUCGUUGUGGUGUUUGAUCCUAGAUAUAAGUUGUUGUUUAUUGAAUUUUGCUAUAAAAAUCUCUAUGGAGAAGGUUCAUCACAAUUUAAGGCUAUUGAGAGUGCCCUUUAUGAACUUCAUGAUGAAUAUGUGCAAGCUUCAAAAAAUGCAACAACAUACGACUCGACAUCACAUCAAGGGAGCAACGACAACAUUAGACAAAAUAAUGUUGGGGGAGAGUCUAGUCAAAACAACAUUCUUGAGGAGUUUGACGAAUAUGAUAAUGAUGAUUCGGGUUCCAACACCACAAGUCAAUUGCAUGUAUACCUUCUUGAGCCAAGAGCUAAAAGAACUUCUUCCAUUAACAUGCUUGAGUUUUGGAAAGCCCAACAAUAUAGGUAUCCUAAAUUAACUAAAUUAGCUAUGGAUAUACUUUGUGUUCCCGUUUCAACAGUAGCAUCAAAAUCGGUUUUUAGUCUUGGUGGAAGAAUUUUGAAUGAAUAUCGAAGUUCCAUGAAGCCCGAUGUGGUUGAAGCUUUGGUUUGUAGUCGGGAUUGGUUGUUUGGAGAAAAAGUUGAUUUGAAUGUGGCUAUUGACAACCUAACUCAAAAUGUAAUGAAUUUGAACAUCAAUGAAGACAAUACGGAGGUUAUCUUGAAGAAGUUGGUGUUGGAGGAAGAAAUGGGAAUUGUAGCAUGA